UUCACAUUCACACAUUUUCUAUAUUUGCUUUUCAGAUCAUUUACGAAAGAAGUACAUGGCGGAGCUUGAAGAAGUUAUGGUGAGUUGUGCGGUAGCAGAAUAUAAAGUAAAGACUGCAAGACAGGCCGCAAGGAAUGCAAAAUCUUUGGAUAGCUCGGAAGCAGCAGAGACAGAGGAUGUUGGCGAGCUCUUUAACCAGUGUCUGAAGAGUUUGGAAGAGGAUAUUGAUCUGCAGGAAAUGAUCAAUAAUGACUCCAAUGUAAAGAAUUUCAGAACGUUGUUGCAGAAUGAGGAUUCAGGUGAUAAUGAAAAUGACAAUGAAGACGGUGACCUGAUUGUUACACAGCAAGAAGUAAACCUCUUUGAUCCAAUCAGCAUGAAAAGAAUGACAGAUCCCGUGCGGAACAAAGUUUGCGGCCACGUCUACGAGAGAUCCUCGGUCGUCAAUAUGAUUAAGCAAAACAGACGGAAAGGGUUUUGCUGUCCAAACGUAGGCUGUGAAAACAGAGAACGUCUCAAGAUGGAAGACUUAGAAGAUGCUAUGGACAUAAAGAGGGAAAUUGUUACAAGAAAGGAGUAACGGAGAAAAGACCAUUUGUUCUCUGAAAUCACCAUUUGUUUGUAAUUUAGGAUUUUGUUGAUUUUCCUCCUUAGUAGAUUUAAGGAAUUUUAAACACUCCAUAGGUAGAAAUGAAAUGUAAACAAGAGGAAUAUUUGUAUUAAGAUUUUGAUAAAUAAAAUGUUUAUGAAAUUA